AUGGCUGCAAGGCGACGGGAGGUACCGGGCAUCGCUAUAAGUCGACUGGAGGCCGCGUGCGAGAUGCUACGUGAGUUGAGGGAGCGUACCGAAAGGCUGGAGAAUCAAGGAAAGGCCGGGGAGACAGAGAGACUUCUCCGAGAGACGAGGGCGUACGCGGCGAGGAGGGGGGCAGCCUUCGACCCCAGCUCUAUGUCGGCUUUGCUCAGGGCUUUGACGGAGGCGGCUAGAGCGUCGGCGCACCCCAACGCCCGUAAGUGGGCUUUUGCGGCCUCGGCGUUCGAUGCAGCGGUGGAGGCCGGGCCCGGAGACUACCAGGCCCUGGUUGUGAGUUUUGUUGGGGACCCGGAACAGGCGGCCAUAGCAGAGUUGGUGAACAAAUGGCGCAAAGGGCAAGGCAACGCGGGACAACGCCACCCCGCACCACCACCUCCGCGGCCAAGUGCCCCCAGCCAAGGGCCCGUCUCAGGCAUCGCUGCGGACCAGUGCAGAACGUGUGAGGGGUACGGCCAUUUUGCGAGGGACUGCCCGUCCACCCGGCGACGCGCCCAGCCUCGUGGGCCGCGAGGCCCUCGGCCCCAAUCGUACUCCAGCUACAACCGCAGGCGCCGUUGA